AUGCCCGAACCAGGCCCCAGGAUGAACGGCUUCUCCCUCGGCGAGCUGUGCUGGCUCUUCUGCUGCCCGCCCUGCCCCAGCCGCAUCGCCGCCAAGCUCGCCUUCCUGCCGCCCGAGCCCACCUACACCGUGCUGGCCCCGGAGCAGCGCGGGGAGCAGCCGCCAGCCCAGGCUCCGGCUCCGGCGCCGCCGCAGCAGCCGCCGCAGCCGCAGCCGCAACAGCAGCCGUCCGAGGAAGCGGCGGCGGCGGCUGCGGCUGCUGCAGCAGCGCCCGGGGCGUGCAGCCUGCACCUGAGCGAGCGGGCGGACUGGCAGUACUCGCAGCGCGAGCUGGACGCCGUCGAGGUCUUCUUCUCCCGCACCGCCCGCGACAACCGGCUGGGCUGCAUGUUCGUCCGCUGCGCGCCCAGCAGUCGGUACACGCUGCUCUUCUCACACGGCAACGCCGUGGACCUGGGCCAGAUGUGCAGCUUCUACAUCGGCCUCGGCUCCCGCAUCAACUGCAACAUCUUCUCCUACGACUACUCGGGCUACGGCGUGAGCUCGGGCAAGCCCUCGGAGAAGAACCUCUACGCCGACAUCGACGCCGCCUGGCAGGCCCUGCGAACCCGGGUAUUUUACCAACAAUGGAAUUAUUGGGUCAAAGGGUGUAUGAUUAUUUUUAUAACUUUUACUGCGUACUGCCAGAUUCCUCUCCAAAAAGAUUCUACAAGUUUGCAAAUUCCACCAGCAAUGAAUGAAUGUACCUGUUUCUCCACAAUCCCGCCGCAGUAUGGUGUAAGUCCAGAGAACAUUAUCCUGUAUGGUCAAAGUAUUGGAACUGUCCCUACAGUAGAUCUGGCAUCUCGAUAUGAAUGUGCAGCUGUAAUCCUCCAUUCCCCUUUGAUGUCUGGUCUACGAGUGGCUUUUCCUGACACCAGGAAAACAUACUGCUUUGAUGCUUUUCCAAGCAUUGACAAGAUAUCUAAAGUAACCUCUCCAGUUUUGGUAAUUCAUGGUACAGAGGAUGAGGUAAUAGAUUUUUCUCAUGGUCUAGCAAUGUAUGAGCGAUGCCCACGAGCAGUAGAGCCCCUCUGGGUAGAAGGGGCAGGGCAUAAUGACAUAGAGCUUUAUGCACAAUAUCUGGAAAGACUAAAACAGUUCAUCUCUCAUGAACUCCCCAAUUCCUGAAGAAGGAUACUUGAUUUUACCUCAUUUACUGUGAAUGGAAGAAUUAUCUUUUUGCACACGCUUUAAACUGGAUAGCUGUAAUGGCUUUAAAACUCUGAAGAAAUGCCCAAUCUUUAGGGUAUUCUAAUCAAAUAUCUGAUGAAAUUUCAGUCUUUUGUAUAUGGAAAUCAGUCUAUAAUGCACAUAAUGUGAUAAACAGCUGUAACUUUUCAGCUUCAUUACCUUGGAGAAAGUGGAAAUGAUAGCUGAACUUGGGGACACUUUUCUAGUGCUAUAUGAAAUAUCCCACGAUCAGUUUUCUCUUACGUCUGAUCAUUUAUGAUUCUUUCAUGCAAGACUUUUUUUUUUAAUCCAAUGUUCUCAGUAUUUGGAAUACUGAUUUUGUCUAACUACAGCUUCUACUAAAUGGAUUCUUGGCUUUGAUCUAAGGGAGUAGUGUUUAAUUUGUGAAUUUUUUAGCUGUGGUAUUGUAACUGGAAAGCUUAUCAGGAUGAAAUUUUCUCUCUCAAUAGUUCCUGUUAAUGUACUGAUUUUUUUCCCCAAGCAAACCAUUUAAAAGAUUACUUUUUCCCCUGAAAUGUAAGAAAUACAUGAUGGAGUUAUCACCAACAUAUUUUAUCAACUAUAACUAUAUAAAUAUAACUGGAAUAUUCUCAAAGAAAAAAUAAUGAAACUAAAUGUUUUUUUAAAGUGUAAAUUUAUUACUAGCAAACAGUUUUAAUAUUCAGAUUGUCUGAUUGGUCUGACAAAGAGCCAUAGCAGACUUUCCUUCUGUAAAGCAUUCCUGUAGACUUUUUAAAAAGAUUGUACAUAUUUGAAUUUACAUUGUGCAUAGAUUCUUAAUUGGUAAUUUUCAUUUAAGUCAAGUUACAACAACAAACUGCAAAAUUCUUGUUUAUAAAUGAUUGAAUACAUUUUGUUAAUAUGUUUUUAUCCCUGUUAUUUUGCUAUUAAAAUUUUUAUAAUGUUUCCAAGACAAAAAAUAAAUUAUACAUUUAUGUUUUAAUGAAUUUAUGUAAUUAAAAGUUUCACUAAACUAAUCUUAGUUUAGAAGUCAUUUGGUUUUUGACACUGGAAUGGCACAGAAUAUGCAUCAGAAAUGCAAGACAUUUAAAAUUGUUACACUACUCAUAGGUUGGGGGUUGGGAUUUUUUUUUUUGUUGUUGUAUGUGUUUUUUUCCCCAGAUUUAAAGGCCUUAAAUGUACUGUAAGCAAGCCUCAGAAUGUUGUAAAAUUUGAUUGGGGUUGAUUGCCACUUUGUGUACUGUUGCUUAAUGCAACACAGUGGUUGUAAUGGAAUAAAGGAUGCAUGGAUUGGAGCAUA